AUGAGUUUUUACACCGAUGGUCUGCUGGGAGCAGAUAAUGGGCGGGGCUCCGAGGCGCAUGCUCGACAAGGCAGCUCGAACAGUGAAGUGCGGGAUGACGCAAAUGUCACGCCGAUGAUUCUUCUUGAGCAACUGGCAUAUGUAGAUAAUUUUAUGACGGACUUGGAUAAUGACUUUUUGAACCUGGAUGUGCUACUAGACAGCAAAGGUGACACUGUGAGUAAUGGUUUAUCGCUUGAUGAAAGGUUGGCAGCUGAAUUGAGUGCGUUUGCUGAUGAUAGCUUUAUAUUUCCGGACGAGGAUAAGCCGGAUGCUAAUGACUUCGAUGUUAAAGGUGGUUCUAUGAGCCACGAUGAUGUUGGAAAACCUGACGCGAGAGAGCCUAUGGCAGCCCCGGUGAGGCCCUCGCAGUUGCUGACCGAGCGGCGUAAUAAUCUUUUUUCCUCUCAGUACGAUUAUACGAGACAGCGUAUAUCAAAACGUGGAAGACAGGAACAGUCGCAGUCGUCGCCGGUAGACGAUCAUGGAAGUUUUAAUAAUUUAGAGGUACCGAACCGUCCAGCGAAUGGGGUAUAUGAUUCUCUGGGACUGUCGGAACUGCUGAAAAACCCUAAUGUAGUUCCCUCUGUGCCGUCAUAUCCUGCGACUGCUGCUACUGUUGGGUCGUCAUCUCAAUAUCCACAGAGAAAACCAAACAUUAAUCUACCUGAUUAUUCAACCAUACCAACAUCGACGAUAGUCGCGCUGCUGCCGAAAGCUGUGGUUCCUCCAGGUGCUUAUAAUUCAUUGCUUCAUGUCGGCUUCAGUAAGGAUCAGAUUGAUGCUGUGGCAGCUAUAAUGGCAUACCAUCAGACGAAAGGGCCGGAAGCGUAUAAUUCUACGCUAUCGGCUGUAGUGGCCUCAGCGAAUAAUACGUUGAAUUCGAGUAGUGAAAGUUUACAGUACGAUCAAGGUGCAGGAAGUUAUGAAGCGAUGAGCUAUCGCUCCGUUCCGCAGGCGCAUGCCAAGGAUUCAUCUUCGGAGCAGUUUUUCUCGGAGUACUUGACGCAAGACAAUGGUCAAUCACACAAGAACUCCGCACUAUACAGUGGUUCGUCAUCAGAUCAAAACGAAAAGCUAAAACUACGAAAAGAAGAAGAAUCUUCGAAACCACCCGCAUUGUCGUCAUCCGAGGAAAGUAUUAAGUCAGAUUCGCGAACGCAGUCGACAAAUAAGUUAACUACUGCAGGUACAGAGCAGGAUUCACUCCUAGAGAAUGCAAGUUGCGCGGGGUCGCUCUUCAAAGCAACAAUGGACGAUAAGGCCAGUAAAAUGGGUAAGUCCCAUAGUCGGCGGAAAAAGAAAGAACUUGAAUUAGAAAACUCGGUUAAGGAAUUGGGCGAGUUGGCCACCACGUUGAAACAAAAGAUACAAACUCUAGAGAUGGAGAACAGGCUACUAAAAAAUAUAGUUGCCGAGAAAGGAGAAAACGAAGGCAAAGUCAAGGGUGAAGAGGUUAGACGUCAAAUACUGUCGAAAAUCCGCGACGAAAAGUAG